AUGAUCUCAAGCACAAACCCUUAUAGAGGAGGCCAGGUCCUCCAGAGAAUAUUUGCGUCCCGGCCUGGAUUGUUUCAGGCUCGCACGACAAGAGCCGGACGUGCUGCCCUGGCGGCUCUGGCCCCUGCACCCGCAGGGAGCACCUGCCAGCAGCUCCUUGGCAGCUGCACCCUGUGCCAGCUGUACCAGCGCUGACGCUGUCCUCAGGCCCUGGGAAUGCACCCGGCAGCUUCCAAAAGUCCCCAGUGCCCUUGCCUUGCCUGCUGAGCUCUGGGGACCCAGCUGAGGAGCUUCUGCUUGGUGACUAUAGGACACAUGUCAACAACCACGACGAUAAUAGAUGGUAAGAACGGCUCCGUUCCCUCGUCAUCCAUGAGAGUGGGCAAGAAGUCAGUGACAGAAGACUUUGUGAACACCUUCAGCUCUCCAGCAGCAUGGCUUCUUGUUGUUGCUCUGAUUGUAACCUGGUCAGCAGUGGCUAUUGUAAUGUUUGACUUGGUGGAUUACAAAGACUUAGCAGCAAGUUUAGCACAACAUUGCGAUGAUCCCUGUUUCCCACCUGGAAGAUCUGUUCACAAGCUCAGCACAGAACCACUGAGAAUCAUUCAUGAGACACUGGAAGAGUCUUCUGAUUGGAUUUAUGGCUUUUUUUCUUUACUGUCUGACAUCGUAUGGAGUGAUGAUGAUGACAGUGAUGAAGGUGAAGUGGAACCUUCCCUGAAAAAAGAAAUUCAAAAACAGAAAACUGAGAGACCUGAAAAACGAACACCAGCAAAGGCAACACAGAGAGACAAACCUGAAAAACAAGAAAAAACUGAGAGGAAGGAGCCCCCAAAGGUGACAAGUAAAGACAAACUGGAAAGACAAGAAAAACCUGAAAAAAAGGAAAGGCAUGCAGCUGUUCACAAAGAGAAACCUGAAAAGCCAGAAAAACAAGAAAAGAAAGCACCAUCUAAAGUAACUCAAAAAGAUGCACCUGAAAGACAUGAAAAAACUGAAAGGAAACCUCCUCCCAAAGAGGAGAAGAAAGUAAAGAGCACUAAAGUGGAAGCAAAAGUCAAAAAGGAAGUGAAGGAUGGAAAAGGAGAAGCAAAGAUGGCAGAGAAGGUCAAGCAGGCAGAGACAAAAACAACAGAAACUGGGCUAAUAAAGGCCAAAACGAAAGUUAAGGAGGAGAAAGCUCUUCAGACUGUAACUAAAUCGGACAAGAAAGAUCAAUAUGCAUUCUGUCGCUAUGUGAUUGACAUGUUUGCACAAGGGGAUUUUUAUCCAGCACAUAAGGAAUUUGCACCACCUCGUCUUCUUCUAGAACACAGUCCAAGAAAGAAACCAGCAGCUAUUGAAGAGAGAAAAGAGGAGAAGAAAAAGAGUGAUGAAAAGAAGACUAUGACUGAAACUGAGGUGAAAGAAAAAACAGGAAAAAAGGAGAAAGCUCAUGAGAAGACAUCUGUCCCUGAAAUUAAAAAAGCAGGGACUCACUGCCAUGAAAGGCACUGUAUAAGCUUAGAGGGAUUUUUUCUUACAGAUAAAAAAGAAGCUGCUGUAUCCAAAGAACUCAAAAAGCCAGCAAAAGCUCCUGCAGCCAACCCAGCCAUCAAAAAAACAGCAGCACCAGAUCCACAGAAAAAAGAAAAAAUAAUGGAAUCUGCAGCAGUAGAAACUCCAAAGUCAAAAGCAGGACUUGAGAAAAAAGAAGGAAAAACAACUAAGGCAGCAGUGCAAGAUAAACCAAAGAUGAAACAAGGAAAUCCUGGGAAAGAUAAAGAAUUGAAAUCUCCAGCUGCCACGAAAAAUAAAGAUCUUGCUAAAGUAAAGGAAGGGAAGAAUCCUACAUCUUUAAGAGAAAAAGAUUCCCUGAAGGUAAAAAAUCUCAAAAAUCCAGAGAGCAUAAGAGAAAAAGAGACUGGAAAAAGAAAAGAUGUGAAGCCUCCAACAGCCUUAAAGGAAAAAGACUCUUCAAAACGAAAAGAAAUUAAGGCUUCAAAUAAUCCUAAGGAAAAAGCUGCAGUGAAAAAGGAGGGGGAUAAGAAAGCUACCUCAGAGAACACGCAUGAACACAAGCAUGAACGUGUUAAACGUGAAAAAGCUGUCUCUCAGAGCAAGCCAGAGGAGAAAAUGAAACAACAAAAGACAGCUCCCACUGAGAAGUCAGCCCAGGCAAAGCCAGCAAAGCAUGAAGCAAUCAGACAUGAAAAAGAUGUUCCCCUUACAAAACCAGAAAAAACAACUACGCAGAAACAGCUGAAAGAUGAAAAAGCUAAAGAAUGUGUCCCACCAGUAAAAGAAGAUCCACGACAUCAAAACCUGACAUCAGCUCCUGUCCGCUACUUUCAAUGUGUCUUCCUAAAUGGACCUAAUGGAUUUGGGCUGCAAUUUCCAAUUAAUUCCCCUUCAAACAAGGAAGAAAAGACUCACUCAAAGACUUCCAAGAGAAAAACAAGGAAACCGGGGCAGUAG